AUGAGAAUAUUGAUGGUGGGUCUUGAUGCUGCUGGUAAAACUACUAUACUAUAUAAACUAAAAUUAGGCGAAAUUGUUACAACAAUUCCAACUAUUGGAUUUAAUGUUGAAACUGUAGAGUACAAAAACAUCAGUUUCACUGUAUGGGACGUUGGUGGCCAGGACAAAAUUAGGCCACUGUGGAGGCAUUACUUCCAGAACACACAGGGUCUCAUCUUUGUAGUAGACAGUAAUGACCGAGAGCGUAUUGGCGAAGCGCGUGAAGAGCUUAUGCGUAUGUUAAGUGAAGAUGAGUUACGAGAUGCGGUACUUCUUAUUUUUGCGAACAAACAGGAUCUGCCAAAUGCAAUGAAUGCAGCGGAAAUAACAGACAAAUUGGGCCUGCACUCAUUGCGCAAUCGCAACUGGUACAUCCAGGCGACGUGCGCCACUUCAGGUGACGGACUGUACGAGGGUCUCGACUGGCUCUCCAAUCAGCUGAAGAACGCCAACCGCUAA